AUGUACACAGAAACAACGUACAGGGAUUCUACAGGCAAAUAUGUAGUUAACUUGCCAUGUAGUGAUGACAUAAAUAGUCUAGGUGAGUCCAAGAAAACAGCUGAAUCUCGAUUUAGUCAACUGGAAAGAAAAUUAGAAAGAGAUCCCAAUCUACAUGCAGCAUAUUCACAAUUCAUGAAUGAAUAUGAAGCACUAGGGCAUUUGGAAGCGGUGGAACCCAACGUGAAGCCAGUUGGUCCAGUAUAUUACAUUCCGCAUCUACCUGUCGUUAGAGAAGACAGUUCAACAACGAAGCUCAGAGUUGUAUUUGAUGCUUCGGCCAAAACGAGCAGUGGUCGAUCAUUAAAUGACUGUCUUUUAGUUGGUCCUACCAUUCAGCAAGAUGUCUUCUCAAUCUUAGCAAGAUUUCGAUAUCAUACAUACGUAUUAAGUGCAGAUAUAGAGAAAAUGUACCGCCAGGUAUACAUUAAUGAGAAACAACUGGACUUACAGCGCAUACUAUGGAGACAAGGUAGAGAUCAACCUCUAAAAGUCUAUAGGUUAAAAACUGUCACCUAUGGUACAGCAGCAGCACCCUUCUUAGCAAUCAGGACCCUUCAUCAACUGGCCACAGAUGAACGAUCAACAUAUCCUAUAGCCUCAUCUAUAGCGCUAUCAGAUUUCUAUGUAGAUGAUCUUAUGACAGGUGCAAAAACACUUGAGGACGCUAAAUUCAUUCAAACACAAAUGUCGCAAAUGCUUAACUCAGGAGGAUUUAAUUUAAGAAAAUGGAAUUAA